AUGGAUCACAAACGAGUUGUUUAUGAGUUGACUCAAGGUAAGGAAUUUGCGGAGCAACUCAAGAUUCAUCUGAAUAACCCUUCGUCUUCCCAAGAAACCCAAGAAAUCUUGAUCCAUAACAUCCUCAAUUCCUAUGAAAAUUCGCUAUCUUUACUCACCAAUCAUGUACUUACUACAAAUGGGAGCAAUGAUGAGCCACAUUUUCAUGGUAAAAAGGGAAUCAUCAGAAAAAUGGAAUCGCAAGCUCCAUUCAGUGAAAGCCCAUGUAGCGAAGAUUCAGACCCUGAGUUUAAAGAUCUUGAUCCCAAUGAUUUUGGGGCCAAGAGGAAGAGAAAUGGGAGUAUCGAAAAGUGGAAGAAACAAGUGAAAGUGAGGGGAGACAUGGAGUUUGAAGAAGCUCUUGAUGAUGGGUAUAGUUGGAAGAAGUAUGGCCAAAAAGACAUUCUUGGUGCCAAGCAUCCCAGAGGUUAUUAUAGGUGUACAUAUCGACAACUACAAGGUUGUCUUGCAACUAAACAAGUUCAAAGAACCAACGAAGAUCCAAAUAUUUUUAACAUGACCUACCAAGGAACUCAUACUUGUCACCCUGCAACUGCAACCGACACAUCUCCAACAUUACCAUUACCAUCAUCAUCAUCACCGCCACCAGAGAUCCAACAUCCACCGCCACAAAACCAACUCCUUGGAUCCCCCAAAAUUCUUCAAACAGAUGCACUUAUGAUGGUAACGAAACACCUUCCUUGA